UACAUUUCUUUUCUCUUCCUCUCCUGCUACUAACCAAAAAAAACCCAGAGAGGAACCAAAAAUUUAGCGAGAAAUUGAGAGACAUCCAAGAUCAACUACUCUAGAUUGAUUGAAACUAGAAAUUGAUUUAGAGUUUGUAAACCUAAAGUGAUUGAAACUCACUUUACAGAAGUACAGAGAAAAAAACUUAACUCUUAGAAGAAGAAGAUUGAAUUCUUGGAAUUAAUUUCCUAGAAGUUCUAUAAGAAGAAGAUUGAAGUACAAAUAUUUGAAGAUUCAGAAUGGUGCAAGUAGGUGACAAAGGUUGGAUGAAUGAAGAAGAUAGGUUUAGUGAUGUCUAUAAAAAAGGGGUAGAUGAUUUUGUAGAUUUUGCAUAUAGCAAUAGGAUAAAAAGUUCAUCAUUAUGUCCUUGUCCUUGUCGUAUAUGUCGAAAUAAGAACUCUCUGUCUUUUCCCCUAGUGAAGUAUCAUUUGGAAGUACACUCAAUAGAAAAGUCAUAUGUAAUCUGGUCUUUACAUGGGGAGAAAUCCACCACAUUAACACCAGAAGUAGUGCAAGAACACGUAGAGGAAAAUGUAGCGGAAAAUGUAGAUGUUGAAAUAUCAUUUGAGGAACAUAUAGAAGAUAAUAUUAUAGAUGAACAAUGUGGGUUAGGGGACUUUGUAGACAAGGCAUAUGGAGUAUUUGAAGAGUUAGACAAGGAUGUAAAUGAAACUGAUUUGCUUGACUUAGGGAAGAAAUACUACAAGUAUAAGGAGUUAGCUAAGGAAAAGAUUUAUCCAGGUUAUGAGGGUGAUGAAACAACACUUAAUGUAAUUGUAGAACUGCAGCAUAUUAAAAAGAUGUUUGGUUGGUCAGGGAACAGUGUUACGUACCUCUUGGGACGACUGAAAAAAUGGUUCCCAGAAGGCAACACUUUCCCUGAAAAAUACCCAACAAUGCAAGCGAUGCUGAUAGAUCUAGGAAUGAAGGCUGAGUCCAUUCAUGAUUGUGUUAAUCAUUGUGUUUUGUUCCGAAAAGAACACAAAAAUGCAACUGUGUGUCCCAUCUGUAAAAGAUCAAGGUUUGUGGUGAAAGAGGGUAAAGAUGGACCAAUAACUACAAAAGAGCCUCGCAAAGUAUUGAGACAUUUUCCGCUUUGCAAGAGAAUUAAGAGAUACUACACAAUAUCAUGGAUAACAUGCUAUAUGAAGUAGCAUCAUGAGGCACAUACUUCUUUCGAGCAUAUGCGUCAUCCAGUAGAUUCGCUCCAAUGGCAGACUAUAAAGAAAAAGUGGCCGGAAUUUACAGCUGAAGCGCGAAAUGUAUGUCUUGGUAGGAUGAACCUGGCUAAGAAGUGGUACCACCUUCUACUACAGAGAAAUGGUUAUACGGACAUCUAAGACGGGACGGGAGUGUCCAUUCUAGUGCAGUUGAAAGCUACGUGAGUUACUAACACCUACUAUUUUGGGGCUUUUUGAUCUUUAUUCUAAUAUAAUGUUGAGAGUAUGUGAAAAUGCCGAACAAAGUAAGUGAGGUUUAUGAAAGGAACAAAGCAAAAGGAAAGCAUCCCAGCACUAGUAAUUUUAUUACAGAUGAACUUGAGGAGGUGUUUGGAAAAAAAACAAAAUGGUGGUAUUCGUGGCUACUCAUCUCAUAUGUCAAAGAAGCAAGUUGAAACGGCAGUAAUUGGAGUUGCUGCCCUUCAGCAAAGAGAUGACAAAAAUGCACUUAAACUAAGCAAAAUUGAAGGUGAAUUGGGGUCCUUGGGCAGCGCAGUGAAGGAGAAUUUGAACUGCCUGAAACGCAAGGAACCUACAUCAUCAGCUCGUGUAGGCACUCCCAGCCCAGAAAAAGGGUCCAAUUCUCUCUUUGGUCACCCAAGUGAUGAUAGCCUGGAUCAUGCCGAUAGUUUAAUUAAUGAGACUCCUUCCUUGCAAGUUGAAAUGCUAGAUAAUAGAGGAAAAGUUGUUGCAUCAGGGUGUAUCGUAGGCGGCGAUAUUUUUCAUUCUAGAAAGGUGAUGCCAACAGAGAAGAGGGUCCUUAUCGAGGAAGUGCAUGAUCAGUCUGCGUUAGUAUGGGAUGCACCACAAGGAAAUGGAUGGGUGCAUUUGAGGGACCUAGAAAUGCCUGCUUGGGUGAUCUGGUCUGCAGAUAGGUUGCAACCGAUGCCAAUCAGGAACUGGUUGGUGGACAUUAAGGAGAGCUGCUCACAAGUGGUAUUUUUCAGGAAUGGAUCAUAUACUGUAAGAAGCUUAAGUUCUUGGAAUGACUCUUAGGAUCCGAUAUGCUUGGACAGUCUCGAGGAAGCAGAAGCUCAGUUUUCCUUUGUUGAACUCACAAUCAUGUAUGACCUGUGAAUGAACUUGUUAUUGGGUCUAUCGCCAAAGAAGUAGUUAGGUAAGAAGUCGGAUAACAGUAAAUACUUGGCACAUGACAGUUGUAAGUUACGUUUUUAAAUAGAAUUUGAGAGACAUUAUAGAAGGUGCGUCUACAUUUGGUACUUGUCCCGGUCUAAUCUUAAACUGAUCGACUGAAGAUAUAUAUCAAGGUUGUCACUCAUGUGUUUACAUCUUUUCAUUUGAUUUUGUUUUCGUCAAGUUACAAACAAUAUGUAAAGGAUAUAGGUGUUCUGUUCCCUAGAGCUGGGAUUCAACAAGUUGUAGGUAAUUCCGUUCUUAAUUUCCUGUAUAAUGUAGAUGAAGUCCUGUGAUAUUAGGUUCAACAAGUUUAAAAGAAUACGUGUACCAAAAUAUGCUCAACUUUGAUCCAACAUUGUAGAGAGAGACUUGCAAUUAUAGAA